AAGGAUAAGGCACGUUACAGGCGCAGCACAGAGGCGUACCGAGGCCACGGACAAUGCGCCAAGCUCCUACAAUGGCUGCGCCACUGAAAUUGCGGAUCCUGGACACGCCUGUUCAGUAUCGCUUUGUUGGGCCAGCUAAGCAGCGUGGGUAAUCGUAUCCAAGGCUUCCGAGACACUAAUUUUAGUGCUCUACUAAAAGGACGUUCUACGUGCGGUCAUUUGCAUGAAGCAUGGAGACCUCGCAGAGACAUGGCACCGAAGAAUUAAACUGUUCCGCCAAGAAGCAUCGACUGCGACGGCGGCAGUCACCGGCCGGUGGGGUGGACACUUGCUGGCAUAUUGCUGCCGUCGCCUUUCUUGCCCAGAUGCUACUUGCGAUAUCCGACCGCAAUUCCGGGUUCCUGUACGUCGGUUACAUGGACAUGUUCUCCAUCGAGAGGAAGCAGGCCAUCUGGCCGCAAACCAUUGCAUUUAUGGUGGGCUGCCCCGCAGGAUUGGCGGUUGCGCUGUUCCAUCGACGAUUUUCCCUGUGGACGAUCGGAUUGACAGCUAGUACUCUAGCUUGGGUCGGGCCAGUGGCUGCCAGUUUUGCUCCAAACAUUGCCUGGGUUACUGGAACUAUGGGAUUUCUUCAUGGUCUUGGAGCUGGAAUGUUCUUUGUCACAAUGUCAAUGGCUCUUCUGAUGUACUUUGAUCGCUACCGAGGGGUGGCCAAUGGCAUCAAGAGCAUGGGAGGAACGUCGUCUUCUUUAUUCUUUCCCAAGCUUCUGGUCUUCCUUAAGGAGAGCUAUGGAUUCCGGGGUACUCUUCUCUUGUUCGGGGGCAUUGCGAUGCAUCUGGUCGUAUUUGCACUUUUACUGAAGGAACCACCAUGGAUCAAAAAGCGGCCUCACCUGACGAAGGAAGCAAAGACACCUGAUAAGCAAGAAAGCAUUGGCGACUCGCAGCACGAAACUACAAGUGGCGUAUCGACUGGCAUCGAGCCUACCCAGACUAAGUCUUCAACGUUACAGCUUUUUCUAUCUAGAGCAUUUUACGUCAUUAUCUUUUCCGGACUUGUCGUCUACUACAACCAGAACAUUUUCUUCUCAACCAUCAUUGACUUCCACCUCGAUAAGGGAUUUUCAAUGUCCGACGCUGCCUUGACAAUGACUUACUUCGCCGUGGCCGAGAUCAUCGGGCGUCUCGGUCUUUGCUUUCUGGCAGACCAAGGUUACAUUCGCCGCACCUCUCUUCUGAUUGCGAGUUUCUUUUUUAUGGGAGUUUCUAUGUUCGCUGUCGCUCAGGUUCAAUCCCUCUUGCUCAUGCAAGUCUGCUGUCUUCUCCUUGCGGCUUUCUACGGAACUGCGUUCACGACUCAGAUGGUCGUCAUCGCUGACUAUUUGGGCGUGGAUCAACUCUCCUUGACCUACGGAUUAACAGGACUUAUUGCCGUUCCUCUCUUUCUCGGCAAUCCAUUUAUUCUCGGUGCCUUCAGAGAUGAGAUGGGUUCAUACGACAACAUGUACAGAAUACUCUCUGGAUUUUAUGUCUUGAACGCUUUGUUGUGGCUCUGGCUGGUGUGGUCAGGAUUGAGACGUAAUCGGACAACGUACAGCGUUUGUAAUACUGACGAAGUUGUUCCUGUGCCCGAGCAUAGAACUACAGUGACCAAAGACGAUGUAACCCUAAAAGAAGUUUCAGUGCCACAAACAGUAAAUUAAGGCUUUAAUAAAAAUAUCAUGGACUCCAAA